GAUGAAGUGACCCGAUGAAUAAUGAUACUUUAGGAAAAGAAAACAGCUAUUUACUCUGCUAAUGUCAGUUUUAUUGCAAAGGGGAUGACUAAGCAAUUUGUGUGAGAAGAAGGCCAUGGCAAUGGAGUACCCAAACAGGACUGUGGUGAGCCACUUUUUCCUGGAGGGUCUGAUGUACACAGCUGAACAUCCUACCCUCUUCUUUGUCCUCUUUUUCUUUGUCUAUAGCAUCACGGUGACAGGGAAUCUCCUCAUUCUCAUAACUGUGGGCUCUGACUCUCACCUCCGCUCCCCCAUGUAUCACUUUCUGGGGCACCUUUCCUUUCUGGAUGCAUGUUUGUCUACAGUGACAGUGCCCAAGGUCAUGGCCGGCCUGCUGACUCUGGAUGGGAAGGUGAUCUCCUUUGAGGGCUGUGCUGUACAACUUUACUGCUUCCACUUCCUGGCCAGCACUGAGUGCUUUCUGUACACAGUCAUGGCCUACGACCGCUACCUGGCCAUCUGUCAACCCCUUCAAUACCCAGUGACCAUGAACAGGCAGAUGUGUGCAGGGCUAGCUGGGGUCACCUGGGCCAUAGGUGCCAUGCACUCUGCAAUCCAUACUUCCCUCACCUUCUACCUGUUCUACUGUGGGCCUCACCACAUUGCCUACUUCUUCUGCGACAUCCCCCCUGUGCUGAAGCUGGCUUGUGCGGACACCACCAUAAAUGAGCUUGUCAUGCUUGCCAACAUCGGCAUCGUGGCUGCAGGCUGCCUGAUCCUCAUCAUCACUUCCUACGUCUUCAUCGUGGCAUCUGUGUUGCGCAUCCGCACAGCCGAGGGCCGGCAGCGAGCCUUCUCCACUUGCACCGCCCACCUCACCGUGGUGCUCUUGUACUAUAUGCCACCUGUCUGUAUCUACCUGCAGCCUCGCUCCAGUGGAGCAGGAGCUGGGGCCCCUGCUGUCUUCUACACAAUAGUCACUCCCACACUCAACCCUUUCAUUUACACCCUGCGGAACAAAGAGGUGAAGCAUGCUCUGAGAAGGCUUCUGUGCCAUGGCUCUCAAGAGUCUCCAGCAGGCAGCCUGCCCACCUAACCUGUGUUGUCACACUGUUAAUUUGCCU